AUGGACGUGCAAGAUAUUAUUGGAAUUGCUUUGAACCUGGCCACCGCCGCCUCGGCUGCUUCCCUCAUUCUGCUUCCCGCGUGCGGAGGAGUCAGUUCUCCACUCUUCUGCGAUUCAAUUCCAAACAUUCCUGUUUCAGAAGAAGAAACAGUCGGAGAGCGACACAGCGAGCAGCAAAAAUGGAGACGGCUCAACGAAGAGUCCGGCGGCGAAGGACGAAAAGAAAGACGGAAGUUCUCCGGCGGCGCCGCCCGCUGUCGCCGGAACCAACGACCCGAACUAUCAGACGAUGGCCGGAAUCGAGAACAACUUCGGAGCCGACAAGGCGGCCGGAGCUCCGGCUGCGGCCCCAGCUGCUGGUGCUCCGGCGGCUGGUGCUCCGGCGGCUGGGAAGCCCGCGAUGGCCGGAACUCACGACCCGAACUAUCAGACGUUGGCCGGAAUCGCAAACGACUGUUUCGACAAGAAAGAUGGUGGCGCUCCGGCUCCUGCUGCCGCUGCUCCGGCCGCCGGAAAGCCCGGAAUGGCUGCCACUCACGAUCCGAACUACCAGACCUUGGCCGGAUUGAACAACAACGUCUUCGAAAAGAAGGAAGGCGGGGCUCCUGCUGCUGCUGCUGCUGCUGGUGCUGCCGGCGGUCCAGCUGUGCCGAAGGAUCAAAACGCGAAAGCGGCGACUCACGACCCGAACUAUCAGACUCUCGCCGGACUCAACAACAAUGUGUUCGAGAAGAAGGAAGGAGCGGCUCCUGCUGCUCCGGCUGCUGGCGGCGACAAGAAGCCAGUGCAACCGGCGAACAAGGGUCAGAAGGCGGCCACUCAGGACCCGAACUACCAGACAUUGGCGGCCGUCGGGGGAGAUGUGUUCGGGGCGGACAAGAAGGCGGGAGCUGCCGGCGGAGACGGAAAGAAACCGACGCAGCCGGCCAACAAGGUGAUCGGAACUCUGACUCCUUCUCAUCUCAUCUUUGUCCUUUUCAGAACCAGAAGGCAGCAACGAUGGAUCCAAACUACCAGACUCUGGCUGCUGUCGGUGGGGACGUCUUCGGUGCUGACAAGAAGAAAAAGUAG